AUGGCCGACAGCGGCGACACGGGCAGCUCCGGGCCCUGGUGGAAAUCGCUAACCAACAGCAGGAAGAAAAGCAAGGAAGCCGCGGUAGGGGCGCAGCCUCCCGCGCAAGCCGCCCCCGGGGAGCCCGCGCCGCCCGCGCCGCCCAGCCCCGACUGGACUAGCAGCUCCCAGGAGAAUCAGCACCCCAAUCUCCUCGGGGGGACCGGCGAGACCCACAAGCCAGACAAGUUGUGCGGGGAGAAAUCGGGCUGCAGCCGCCGCAAUUUGAAGAUCUCGCGCUCCGGCCGCUUUAAAGAGAAGAGGAAAGUGCGCGCCACUCUGCUCCCUGAAGGAGUCAGGUCCCCGGAGGAGGCGGACUUCCCUGGCGACCCGCACGGCGACACGCAAUAGCCAGAGCGCUCCAGGACUGUGUCUCUUCCCACCACUCCCCCCUACCCCCAGUUCCAAACCCGAGAUUUCUGGCCCGCCCCAAUACCCGGUGUCUCAUCCCAACUUGAGAGUAUUCACACAAGGCCUCCACGGUUUUAUUUUCCUAGAAAUCGAAGUGUCCACUGAGUUUUCAAUAUUUCAUGACACAAGGAGUCAUUGAGUAUUUAUCUGUGCGAAGAGAAGAUACCUGCCACGGAGGAAGUUGGCAUAAUUAUUUUUUUCCCCGAAAAGUUCUCCCGUGGCCUCCACCCCUUGUGCCACCUGGGGAGUGAGAAGGGUACUUCUCUGAGUUGGUACCCCAGCUGGGACUGCACAGCCCCUCAAAUGAGGAGGCCGUGCUCUGAUUCAGGACUUGCUAUUGGAAAGCAAAUUAACGCCAGAGAAAUGCACUUUAGACGUACUUCGGUAGACUCAGACCUUAAGUGAAGGGACAAGAGAGGGCAGGAAACUUUAGGUAGAAGCAUUUUUAAGUAAGGCACGAUUGCUUUUAAUGUUGAACUACAAAACCGU